UGGGGGUGGGGUGGGAGGUGUGUGUGAGAAAAGCCGAGCGAUGGAGCUUCCCUUCUUUUGACAACGCUCUCCCCUUCAGGACUAAGUCUGUACUGAAAGUAAAAGAACUACGUGGGAGAACCGCCGCUCGCACCUCCGCGUGGGAAGCGGCUGCGGAGCGGCGUGUGCCGCCAGCCCGAGGAUAUCGCUGUGUGCACCGGAACGAGCCCGGCCGGAACGGAUCCGCCGCCUCUGAGCUUCACCGCUGGCUGGAGUAAAGUAGCGUGCAAUUUGGGUUUAAUGGAGCUGGGCUUAUUGUUCCUCUUUGGACUUACGAUUACGUCGACUGCAGGGUCCUCGCCGCCCCGGCCCCGCUCCCUGCCGGCGGGCGGAGAUCCGCGCUCGGCGGCGCUGGGGCAGAAGCAACGGGAGGAGAACGGAGCGGCGGCGGUGCCGGGAGGCGGCAGCAGGGCCAAGGCGGACGGCGGGGUGCUGCGGCGCCGAGCACGGCGCUGCACUUGCUACACCUACAAAGACAAGGAGUGCGUGUACUACUGCCACCUCGACAUCAUCUGGAUCAACACCCCAGAGAGGACUGUGCCAUAUGGGCUCUCUAACUACAGAGGCAGCUUUAGAGGCAAAAGAUCUACAGGCCAGAAUCAAAGUACUUCCCAGCCCUCAUUUCGGUGCUCUUGUUUGGAUAUUCAUGACAAACAGUGCAUGCAGUUUUGUAGAAGAAUGCAAGACAGAAGUAGAAACCAUGGAUCAGUGAAAACAACAGAGAAGGACCGAUGCAGGGAAGAGGAGCAGCACGCGUUCGUUCAGUAGCAGAGCAUAGAAGACUCUGAACAGUCAGCUUUCAUGUUCGCUUGCUGAAGCUCAGAAGCAAGAACUUAAGCUACAACUCUCCCUUGAGAUGGACAAAAUUGAUGCUUCAGUCUGAUGCCAGUGGAGACUUCAGCAGCGUGCAACACUUUCAUUUCAAUGCCAUUCUGAGGGCAGGUGAACCUGUAUGAAGCAGCUCUCUCCAUGCUCCCCUCCUGAGAACCUCAGUCAAGGAUAACUAUCACCCAACCUUGCAGGGAAUGUAUCAUCACUGAAGAAAAAUUCUAAGGUGGAUCCAAACUUCAGCAACAGUUUCAGGAAACAUUUUUCUACCUGGUUUAAAAAGUCCAAUAGAAACACACUGUUUCAGUUACUGCUUGCUACGUGUCUGAAGAAUCCAUCCAGUAUUCUGUGGGCAAUGGAAAUUGGAUGAGGUGAUGAGUUAGAAGUUGCCUAUAUGUGAGUGCUCAAUAAGAAUAAACAGAUGCAAAAUGUUUCUCUUGUUAAUGUAUGCAAGCCUGAAUCAUCAUAUUGUAACUCUGUGGCAGAUGUUUAAAUAACAGUAUCUAUGCAGAAUAAAUAUGAACAUCUAAUAUAAACAUUACUAUAAACUAUAGCAAGUUAAGAGUAUACAUUGAGUAUUCAAUAGGUUACCGAAUUUAUGCACAAAUUAUUCCUGCACUACAAAGUUCCAUUCAAAUACAUUUACAGCGAUUAUUCGGGGAUGUGCUGUAAUUUAUGAGCAGAACUCCAGUAAUUAAUCCCAAAGAAUUUCCUAGAAAUGAAAGGGCAGGACCGUGGAACUUCAAAUGAAACUUUACACAAAAGAAUUUACUGUACUGGACUAUAUGCUAUUCCAAGCCCCUACAUACGUUAUCAUCCACAGUACAUACAUUCAUCUUUGCUAGUACUUUAAAUCACAUCUUUAUCUCUUUGCUGAAACACCACUGAACAACUUGGAAACUUGGCAAUAAGAUCAUAUCCGUCCCUGGACACUUCUCAAUGUAAAUGAUUUCUUCAGAAAAUAUGGAAUUCUUUUUUUAUUUUAUUUAUUAUUUUUUAUUUUUCUAAGAGGAUGCAAGAGUGAUAGUAAAGCUAAAAAAAAAAAAAUAAAAAAAAAAAAAAAAGCCUUUUGCAAAUCUUAUUCAGUAAUAUAAUUUAAAAAGAGAGAGAAAACCCCCUGCUUGCGACAUUAUAGAUGGGUUUUUUUGCUUGUUUGACUGAACUUCAUGCAGACUUCCCCAGGGUGCAGAAGUUAAACUGUAACCAGAUGACAUUAAAUUAUAUUUUUAUCAGAAGACAGAUGGAGACUAAAACAAAAACUGCAAAAUAAAAAGAACGUAACAGUAAAAAAGGGCUCUAUGGACUUAAAAUGGAGGUAAUAGGCUUUGUUUGAACAAAGAAAGGGAGGUCUUUGCCAAAAUAUAUGAUAUAUUUUAUAUAUAUGUGGAUAUAUUUCAUAAAUAAAUUAUUAUAGUUAUAAAAGUAAA